UGGGAAAAACACUUCAUCGUUGUUUUGAUUUAAUUCCCGAUAUAAACGAAGGAAUUGAAACAGCCAUAACUUUGGGGUUUGAGAGAAUAUUAACUUCAGGUUUAGACCUAAUCAAAAACUUUAAAAUUUUUCCAAGGUUUUGCCAAACGUGCCAUUCCUGAUGGAAUUCCUAAUUUACAAAAGGCAGUAGAAAUAUCAUCAGGAAGAAUUUCAAUAAUGCCUGGAUCUGGAAUAAAUUCUGGAAACAUUUCUGAAUUAUUAAAAAUUAAAGGAUUAAAUGAAGUACACUCUUCUUGCUCGAAAAUUAACAAAACGAAUGAUGAAAAUAAUUUAAAAAGAUUAAUAGACUUUGGAUUUUCGAACGGAGUACCAAGUAGAAUAACUUGUGCAAAUGAAGUGAGACAAUUAAAGGACAACCUCAAAAGAAAUUAA